UCUGUAACUGUAGAACUACAAAGUGCACCUAUAUAGUAAGUGGAGCUGAUAAAAUGGACAAUGAGUGUAGAAACAAGGAGGUGUACUUAAUACCGUAGCUGGGGAGUGUAUAAAUGUAAGAAAAACGGUGUCUUGUACAGAAGACUGGUCUGACUUUGCCUAGGGAGGAAAUGCAAGUCUCGUUCACCUCGUGAUGAAGGCGUCACCUAGAGGACGUUUGGUGGAAAUUUCCUGAAGAAAUAAGGAGGAGUGUCCUCACUGUCCGUAUCCUCAAAAUAGACCCCACAAAUGUGACUAGAAGCUCACAGGUCGGAGUAACUUGAGUUCCAUUCAGCUGUUUCCACCCGGACGGGUUAGUCGGGCUCUGUGUGUGAGAGUGUUUGAGAUGGCGGUCAGAUCGCCGAGCAGGAGGGCCGAGUGAAUACCAGCCCGUGUGUCCGUCAGUGUUUCAGGAGCGCAGCGCCGUGUUGAUCGUUUCUGUCCGCGCACAGCUUGUGGAGGGGCUGGGAGCAGCGCUGAGAUGGACGGGGGGAAACCGAACCUGGCGCUGGUCUACCAGGCCGUUCAGGCGCUUUACCACGACCCGGACCCAGCCGGCAAGGAGCGGGCCUCGGUGUGGCUGGGAGAGCUGCAGAGAUCGAUGCAUGCGUGGGAGAUAUCAGACCAGCUCCUGCAGCUGAAGCAGGAUGUGGAGUCCUGUUACUUUGCAGCUCAGACCAUGAAGAUGAAGAUCCAGACGUCGUUCUAUGAGCUUCCUCAGGAGACGCACAUCGCCCUGCGCGACUCGCUGCUCUCCCACAUCCAGAACCUCAAAGACCUCUCGCCCAUCAUCGUCACACAGCUUGCCCUGGCAAUUGCUGAUCUUGCCCUUCAGAUGGCCUCAUGGAAGGGCUGUGUCCACACCCUCAUAGAAAAGUACAGUAACGAUGUGACCUCGAUGCCUUUCCUGAUUGAGAUCCUCACAGUCCUGCCAGAGGAAGUGCAUAGUCGUUCUCUGAGGAUCGGUGCAAACCGGCGAACAGAGAUCAUAGAAGACCUGGCCUACUACUCCACCACUGUGAUCACUCUGCUGAUGUCGUGUGUGGAGAAGUCUGGGAGCGAUGAGAAGAUGCUGAUUAAGGUGUUCCGCUGCCUUGGCAGCUGGUUUAAUCUAGGCGUGCUGGACAGUAACUUCAUGGCGAGUAAUCAGCUGCUCAUGGUGCUCUUCCAAGUGCUGCAAAGGGACGAGACCUCGACUAACCUACACGAGGCUGCGUCUGACUGUGUGUGUUCAGCACUAUAUGCCAUCGAGAACGUGGACACACACAUGCCUCUGGCUGUGCAGCUCUUCCAAGGAGUUCUGACGCUAGAAACAGCAUACCACAUGGCCGUGGCUCGAGAAGAUCUCGACAAAGUAUUGAACUACUGCCGCAUCUUCACGGAGUUGUGUGAGACGUUUCUGGAAACUACAGUGAGGAGCCCUGGGCAAGGCAUGGGAGACUUGCGCACCCUGGAGCUUCUGCUCAUUUGUGCAGGACACCCCCAGUAUGAGGUGGUUGAGAUCUCCUUCAACUUCUGGUAUCGUCUUGGCGAGCACCUGUAUAAGACGAAUGACCCAGCGCUGCAUGGCGUCUUCAGGCCAUAUAUCCAGAGACUGCUGCAUAGCCUGGCCCGCCACUGCCAGCUGGACCCAGACCAUGAAGGAAUUCCAGAAGACACUGAUGACUUUGGAGAGUUCAGGAUGAGGGUGUCCGAUCUCGUUAAGGAUGUUAUUUUCCUUGUAGGCUCUAUGGAGUGUUUCUCACAGCUGUACUCUACUCUGAAAGAGGGGAACCCACCGUGGGAAGUGACGGAGGCUGUACUCUUCAUCAUGGCUUCAAUUGCCAAGAGUGUAGAUCCUGAGAAUAACCCUACUCUGACGGAGGUGCUGGAGCAGGUGGUGCUUCUGCCUCAGACAGUGCACAUGGCCGUGCGCUACACCAGCAUUGAACUGGUGGGAGAGAUGAGUGAGGUGGUCGACCGCAAUCCGCGCUUCUUGGAUCCUGUGCUGAACUACCUGAUGAAAGGGCUGCGGGAGAAGCCGCUGGCCUCUGUUGCUGCCAAGGCCAUCCACAACAUCUGCUCAGUGUGUAGAGACCACAUGGCGCAGCACUUCCAGGGCCUGCUGGACAUCGCCCGCUCACUAGACUCCUUUGCUCUGUCUACUGAAGCUGCCAUCGGACUGCUCAAAGGCACAGCGCUGGUGUUGGCACGGCUUCCUCUGGAGAAGAUAGCGGAGUGUCUGAGUGAUCUGUGCUCCGUGCAGGUUAUGGCCCUGAAGAAGCUGCUGGCUCAGGACUCCAGUAAUGGAAAAUCAUCAGACCCCACAGUAUGGCUGGACAGACUGGCAGUUAUCUUCAGACACACAAAUCCCAUCGUAGAGAACGGACAGACACAUCCCUGUCAGAAAGUCAUCCAAGAGAUCUGGCCUGUGUUGUCUGAGACGCUGAACACGCACCAGGCAGAUAAUCGAAUUGUGGAGCGCUGCUGCCGCUGUUUGAGGUUUGCUGUGCGCUGCGUGGGGAAAGGCUCAGCCUCACUGCUGCAGCCACUUGUCACACAGAUGGUGAAUGUAUAUCAGGUCUACCCCCACUCCUGCUUCCUUUACCUGGGCAGUAUUCUGGUGGAUGAAUAUGGUAUGGAGGAGGGCUGCAGACAAGGCCUGCUGGACAUGCUACAGGCACUCUGUAUGCCCACCUUCCAGCUGCUGGAGCAGCCCAAUGGCCUGCGCAACCAUCCUGACACUGUGGACGACCUGUUCAGACUUGUUACUAGGUUUGUCCAGCGCAGUCCUGUCACGUUGCUGAGCAGCAGCAUCAUCAUCCACAUCAUCCAGUGUGCCAUUGCUGCCACAACCCUGGACCACCGAGAUGCCAACUGCAGCGUUAUGAAGUUUGUCAGAGACCUUAUUCACACGGGUGUCUCCAAUGACCAUGAGGAUGACUUUGAGGUGCGCAAACGCCUGAUUGGUCAAGCCAUGGAGCAGCAUGGGCAGCAGCUGGUCACUCAGCUCAUACACAGUUGUUGUUUCUGUCUGCCUUCGUACACACUGCCUGAUGUAGCUGAAGUUCUCUGGGAGAUCAUGGUCUUUGACCGACCGACAUUUUGCCGCUGGCUAGAGGCUGCACUGAAGGGACUUCCCAAAGAAAUGUCGGGUGGGGCUGUAACGGUCACUCAUAAACAGCUCACAGACUUCCACAAGCAGGUCACAAGCGCGGAGGAGUGUAAACAGGUAUGCUGGGCGGUCAGAGAGUUCACCAGGCUUUACCGAUAGCUGCGUUCACCCACUCGUGCUGCAACACCAGGUCAAAUCUUUUGUUCAUUGAGAGGUGACGGCAAAGGGGUCAAAUUGACUGCUUUUGAGAAACUAAAGGGAACUCCUAUAAUGAAGGACGGGUGGGGAAAAACCACCAAGAGGCAUCGCAAGCUUUGGAGUGAUAGGGUCACAGGAAACGCCUUGAGGAAAGGAAAAGCCCAUUCCCUCCCUUUGCCCCCCUCGCCGAGCCCACCAUUACCAUGGAAAGGUGCUUGGAGGGUAGCCUUCUUGCUGGGGGAAGAGUGUGAGGGGAAAAAAGUACACAACCGUCUUCAGAAAGACCAUAAAACAAAAACCCAAAAAAUAAAACAAGGAUGUGCCUGGUUGCAAAUCAUAAUGCACUGUAGAGAAAAAAAAGACUUGUAUGUUUUUAAACAGAGAAAUGGA